AUGUUUCCAUCGUUUAUGCUGCAAUCUUUACAGGGCAACUGCAGUUCUGCAAUUGCGCCGGAUUUUACGACCGCUCGAUUACCUAACGCUGUGAAUUUUCUUGAAUUGCAACCCCAAUGGUUGCAAGUUUUUUGGUGUUGCUCAGAUCUCUUGAUUGCGCGUGGAUGUUUAAACCGCAAGAAUCGCUUUUUUCCCAUCACCCAAGUCUCAAUCUUAUGGUUAUCUGCUGCUAAAGACAGUAGCACUUCGACUCUCUAUGCUUCUCUACUGGGCAUCAUUCUAUAUCUCACUCCUUUGAACGGAGGCAAGCACGUAUCCUUUUAG